AUGCAUCCCGAUGACGGGUCGCGGCCGACCGGCAUGCUCAGCCUCUCCGUCGAGCUUUUGGACCAGGUCUUCCGGUGCUUCGACCACUCUUCCGUUGACCGAGGCGGGAUCGACCUGAAUCUCAUUCGUGAACAGUCGGUAGAAGAUCGCCGGACCAUCCAGAACCUGCGGCUAGUAUGCCGUCUCUUCCACAAUGUGGCAUCGCCAAUAUUGUUCGCCGUGCUGAGAAUCUCUCUCAACAAGCAAUCUCUGGACCGUGCUCAAUCUGUUGCACAACAUCCCAUCUUCGCAGCAAGUGUCAGGGGCAUUCAAGUCUACUUGGAAUACCGCCCUGCGUCGCUGGCCUCGGAGAUGAGAGAGUAUGUUGAGUUCCAGAAACGAGCGCUCGGUGACUACGUCAAUUAUCGGACGGCAUCUGACGUUCGGAGUGGACACGUCCGGUCAUCCGACGGGCGUUUUAUCAAGGUUGAUGGAGACCAAGAAAAAAGAGACCAAGAAGACAACGUCGACACUUGGUCGCCGGGAGAUGAAACCAAGGCUUUCCUAAAUUUUCGAGCCUUCAUCGCGGCCUGCGACCGGUUCAUCAAGCACCAGGGGAACGCUGCUAGAUCCGCGAGGUUGUUUGCUGUCAACGAAGGGUUAGUUGAUGAGUACGUACAGCUGUUACUGCGAUGCUUUUCCGAAUACUCGAAACGUUACGACGAGCAGAUGGAGCUUAUCAUAGGCCCGUCCUUUGUCGAAACUGUUGCCCAGAUAGUGUCCCGCUUGGGACGUCCCGUCACCCUGCAAGUGGAUGAUGGUGAACAAUCCGACCAGAGACUGCCCGCACGCGGUCGUCUUGCUAUAUGCCUCGACGACGAAGCGCUGUUGCGUUUCCUGGUGGCGCCACACAAAUGGUCAGAUGCUGAUAAGGCUGGAGGAUCCAGGAUGAUUACCCCAGCGAGGGUCGUCCCUGACUUGUCUGUUGCUAUCAGUAAAGCUGGAGGCGUGAUCUCUCGAUUUGAGCUCUCGUGUUUGCCCCACCCCCAUCAUUUUGACGCGGAAUCCUCUGAAGACUCGGCCACAGGUGAUCGUGACGCAUGGGGUGAUCUCCGGAAAUCCUUUCGGGGGCUUAGGGUCCUUAGACUGAAGGGGAUCGGACUAAAGGCUCUUAGACUCAAGGGGGUAUCCUUUGUUCAACUUCUUGUCCAACGUCGACCACCGCUGGCGCGGGACAAGAGAUACCUGGAGAGGUAUUUGCAGAUGAUCCUAUUUGGUCAAUUUCUGGAAGAAGUGGUAUUAGACUUCUCACUACUCACCGGGCUUACAUAUGAGAACGGGGCGAUCAUCUGGUGUCCUCUAGGGUCCAUCCUCCCAACUUGCCGCCCACAAGCUGUUAAGAUUACGUUGCGAUGCAUGUCCCUAUCACCAAUAGAAUUGGAAGACUUCUUCCAAUCAUUGGGUCCAAAGACUGAAAGUCUCAGUUUACAGGGCAUCCAUCUGUUAGACGGAAGCUGGAUACGCCCGCUGGCUAUUUUGAAAGAGAGGGUAGCCCCAAGAUGUAUGCAGGGGACAUUCUCUUUGGUCCUGAAAGACCUGAGCGGUGCUGAACUAGGGCCAAUGAAGAAAAUGACAACAUCAGCUCCUCCUUUGAAGAGCUCCGAACGCGAGGACGCUGACCUACUGGAAGUAGUCGCUAGGUAUGUGAGAGGUGACGGAGUAACAGAGAACCCCCUACUAGCCGAGGCAGAACAUUCGGACUGA